UAUUCAGUUAUCUCAUCAAAUUUUGGUUGUGAAACUCCAAAACUCAGUUUCUUAGAAAAUUCUCACAUUAUCAAAGACCAAUAAAAAGAUCCUUGUUAAAAAAAAGAUUUUCUAUGCAGUUAGGAUCCAGAAAGCGAAUUUCAAGCUUUGCCAUGGUUAUUGGACCCCAUGUGGAUACAUUUGGUAAUGUGGGUGGGUACGGAGUCCAGGUGGGAUGAAAUCUGCAUCUUCGUUAAACUGAUAAGCCAAGGAAAGCAUGAAAUGACCUUCUGGUAAAUUUCUCUGCUGACACAUUGGCUUAAUAAACCACCGUGGACCAAAACCAGCAGAUGAUGCCAUCCUCUUCUUCCAGAUUCUGCUUAAUAUCCAAAUCCAAAAGAUUUAAGAUUACAAAGUAGCAAUCAAAUCCUUUUAGUUUUUAGCGCAUAUGAGGCACUUCUUGCCCUGUCUCUGGUUCAGGAGUGGCUUUUAGGAUUGCAACAUGUCACUUAAUUGAACUUAGUUUCUCUAUCAACAGCAAUGAAAACCAGCUGCUUCUCUUCCAUUAAACUUUCCAUUAAAAUGCUUGUAUACGGAAUUAUAUCAACACACAGCUUUUUACCAACAACCUUCUGGAGCUUCCCCUGCUAAUGGAGGAAAACUCCAACAAUGUUGGGGAUGCGUUUAGUGUAACCAAUAAUAAUCAAAAUUAACUUAAAUUCCCAUACGGCAUGUUGUUACAUGAAAUAAAAAAAUCUCUUUACCUCAUGGAAAACAUUGACUUUCGAAAGUGUUUUAACAAGCGGGAAUAAAAGUAAUGUAGUAAUAAGGGUUCAAAUGAAAAACACAGGGAAAAACUGUGAACAAAAAAAGAAUAAAUGCCUUUUACAUCAACAAAAAGUUAUGAAACAUGAAAAAAAAGAAGAAGCAAAAACAUACGGUGGAUGCGUUUCACAUCUUCUGUUGAAAUUGAAAUCCUUCCUGUAGGUCAAAUGGAUACGGGUAGAAGCACCUGCUCUCUUAACACAGCACUUUUUUAUGUUAAUGACCCGUUCAAGCACUCCCCACCCCCCCGGGGCUUGCUUUCAUACCGCAACACCUUCAGCUGAGCCAGUAUCUGCAGGGACACAGGUCACCAUAACUCUUCCUUCCUCCGAGUGUCCACUCUCUCUGCUGACAUGAUCUGGACCACUGUGCUCCUCGGUGGGCUCCACAUUGCCCUCCUUCUCUUAGCCGAGGGGAGCAGCAGCAGCAGCAGCGGCGGUCCCUGGGGAAGAAUGGUCGCUUUCCAGCGGGGCCAACGGGCCCCACGCCUCCAGAGGGACACCAGCGGCUCCACAGACUCCUCGAACCCUUCUCGCGGUCCGGCCUUCGCCUCCUGCCAGCUUCCCCUCACCCCGACUGAACACAAGAUUCUGGACGAUAACACACAGGAGACAGGGUUUAAUGGUGACGACGGCUCCCACGUGAUUCUCACGUGGGUGGGCGACGGUACAGGAGUGAUCCUGGUGCUGUCGACAAUCAGCGCUCCGCUCGAUUCUUACCUGGCAGGAGGCUCAUCUCGACUUUACCGAAGCACAGAUUAUGGCAAGUCCUUUCACGAUAUCUCCCACCGCAUCAACCACACCUUCAUCAAAGAGGAGCUUGGAAUCAGUGUUGGACCCGGGAGCUCAGUGAUACUGACUGCAGACAUUCCCAUAGUGGACAACCCGGGAGGGAUCAUCUUCACCUCUACGGACGCCGGAGCAACUUUCAAAUCCACCCAGCUGCCCUUCCACCUGGAUCAGUCCAUUACUUACCACUUCUUCAACCCCGACUUCUUGGUGGCCCUCAGCAUAGACGACAGUCUUUGGCUCUCACUGGACUUUGGCGCUAGAUGGACAAAAGUUCACGAGGCAGUGCAUUCUUUCUCAUGGGGAGCAGGCACAAAUCUGUUCUUCAGCUGCAGCCGGGUUGAUGCAGUUGAAGCAGAAGAAAGAGGAGAUUUAGUGUUGAAGAGGACGAAGGAUUUCGGGAAGACCUUCACCAUAAUUCACGAGGACGUCUUCAGUUUUGGCUACAUUGGAGCCUUUCUCUUCUUCUCUGUGAUGGAGGACCCGAGGUCUCCUCGGGUCAUGUAUUUUUCAUCGGACCAAGGAGAGACCUUCAGUCAGGCACUUCUGCCUUCCGCAUCAACAGAGCAGUUUUACUCCAUCCUGGACGGAGAUGAGGACAUGCUCUUCAUGCAUGUGGACAACCCAGGAGACACCUUCUUUGGAACCAUGUACACGUCAGAUGACCGUGGGAUAUUGUUCUCCAAGUCGCUGGAACGACACCUGUUUGACGGACACAGGAAGAGCGAUUUCACCAACAUCACCUCACUGAGGGGAGUUUAUCUAACUAAUAAACUAGAUAUCGAUGGCCGAAUAAGAUCCGUCAUUUCCUUCAACAGAGGAGGAACAUGGAGGCAACUGAAGAAACCCCAGAACGUGAACUGCGCAGACAAUGUUAAGCGUUGUAACCUUCACAUUCACGGAGAGCACAGUCGUAGAAACCGAAUAGUUCCGAUGCUCGCUCUGUCUGAGCCGACUGCCAUUGGUCUCGUCAUUGCCCACGGCUCUGUGGGGGAUUCUCUCUCAUCGUCUCAGCACCCAGAUGUGUUUGUUUCCUCGGACGGGGGGUAUAACUGGAGAGGGAGCCUCAGGGGCCCUCACCACUACAGCAUACUAGACUCUGGGGGUCUCAUAGUGGCUGUGGAGGUUCACCGUGAGGGAGAAGUCAAGACCAUCAAAUUCUCCACUGACGAAGGCCAGUGCUGGAAGUCGUAUAACUUCACCGAGCAGCCCUUCUUCUUCGCAGGCCUGGCCUCUGAACCAGGCACCAAGGCCAUGAACGUCAGCGUGUGGGGCUUCAGGCCAGAGGAAGACGGUCAGCCGAUGUGGGUGGCCGUCACCAUCGACUUCCAGAGCCUCAUUACCAGAGAAUGUAAUAAGAAGGACUAUGAAGAGUGGCUGGCUCAUUCUACAGACAAAAAGAACUCCGAGAGAAACGGUUGUGUCCUUGGUAUGAAGGAAACCUACAGGAGGCUGAAGAAGCAGUCUGUGUGCAGAAACGGGCGAAACUUUGUGGUCACUAAGAAGCAAAUCCCAUGUCCAUGCACCAGAGAGGACUACUUAUGUGACUAUGGUUACUAUCGUCACGUGAACACCUCGGAGUGUGUGAGACGGCCAAGUACUCCAAACAAAACCUUCGAGAUGUGUCUGAAUGGAGAGGAGGACGAACUUCUGACUGCUGGGUACCGAAAAGUCCCAAGUGACAAGUGUCAGGGUGGGUUCACACCUCAGGAUGUGGUGCAGACAAUCAUCCGACCAUGCGGGGUUAAGCCCAGCCCUGACCCUUCAGUCAAGUCCACCUCUGUUGGACACUUUGACACACCAAAAGAAAGGCUUGUCCUGACCCUGGUGUCUGUAGGAGCAGCAGUUGUUGUUCUAGUGGCCAUCGUCUCUUCAGUUCUUGUCGUCAAGGGACGUGUUUAUAGGACCAGGAUGCCAGCGUAUCGUUUCUCUAACCUUCGCAUCCAGGAUGAUAACAACGGCAUCACAGCAGAGAUUGCGAGUGCUGCUAGCAGCAACGGUACAGCUUGCCAGCACGACUCAGAUGUGGAUCUUCUCCAAUGACGCAUGGCUAAAUCUGAAGAAAAUGCCAACGAUUGAAAUUGGUCCCACAGAAGAAAAAAAAACCCUGCUCUAACUACGAAUGAAAAAAAUAAUAAGUUAACAAUUGUUAUUUUCGUAAGUUAAACUAUUUUGUGACUUGUGUUUGUUUUCUUUAUUCGUACAGUAUUUUUAUAUUCUAUUUUAUUGACUGUUUUGCAAAUAUUUCAGCCUUUAACUGUAAAAACUCUGAAAGAAUCUUGACUUUUAUUUAUGUCUUUACCUUUUUGGUAUGUUUAAUGCUGAAAUAUUGUUGCUCGCAUUGGAUGGCCUUCACAGAAAGAAAACAUUCCAAGCAAUAACACGUAUCAAGAAACCGGCAGGGGGCGUUGCGACAUGUUCCGUAUUUCUCAAAACAAGCGAGGGAAAAUACAGGAAGUUGGUUAAAACAAAGAUUUUGUUUGACAGAUGUAUCACUCGUAUAGGGACCUUUAUUUGGAUUUUUCU